AUAUAUGAAACCACGUUCUUGCAACUCAAACUCGGACUUCAACCAUGGUUGAUCCACAGUUCUUCAUCCUUGCCUUCUUUAUCUGGUCGAUAACCAUAAUCUUUCUCCGAGCCAUCAUUGGAAAAAGACGAGGCAAGCUUCCGCCGAGCCCGCGUGCGCUUCCAGUUAUCGGACACAUGCACCUCCUCGGCCCCAUACCUCACCAAGCUCUUAACAAGCUCUCGAACCGUUACGGACCUUUGGUUCACUUCUACAUCGGAUCGAACCGUUGUCUGCUUAUUUCCUCCCCAGAACUGGCAAAGGAUUUCUUCAGGAACCAUGAAACUAGCUUUUUAAACCGGCCAAAGCUUUCAAAUCUCGAUUACCUUACGUAUGGUACGUCUGAUAUGGCCAUGGCACCUUAUGGUCCCUAUUGGAAGUACAUGAGGAAAUUGUGCAUGACUGAACUGUUGGGGACUCGGACAUUAGACCGGUUGCUUUUGAUCAGACGCGACGAGAUUAACAUAUUUGUGAAGUUAAUACGGGAGAAAGCCGAGACAGGGGAGGCGGUCGACGUAGGAGCGGAGCUGAUGAAGCUGACGAACAACGUAAUAUCGAGAAUGCUACUUGGAAAGAGGUGUUCGGAUAAAGAAGAUGAGGCUAGUGAAGUGCAGGCAAUUGUGAAAGAGAUGAAUAGCCUCAGCACAAAGUUUAAUUUGGCGGAUUCAUUCUGGUUCUGUAAGAACUUGGACCUGCAAGGGUAUAGGAAAAGGCUCAAGAAUGUCCGGGACAAAUUCGAUAUCCUGAUGGAGAAUGUAAUAUCGGAACAUAAAAAGGCGAGAAACCAGAGUGGAUCCACAGGCGACAGCGACACCGUGAAAGACGUACUCGAUCUUUUGAUUGACAUAUCAGAAGACGAAAAUGCCGAGAUGAGGCUGACCAGAGAAAACAUAAAGGCCUUUGUUAUGAACAUUUUUGGGGCCGGGACAGAUUCGUCUGCGGUUACCGUAGGAUGGGGACUAUCGGAGUUGAUUAACCACCCCAAUGUGAUGGUGAAAGCACAAGAAGAGAUCGACUCAUCGAUCGGAAGAAACCGAAUGCUGGAAGAAUCCGACAUAGCAAACCUUCCAUAUCUCCAAGCUAUAGUCAAGGAAACACUGAGGCUCCAUCCUUCUGGACCAUUAGUCGUGAGAGAGUCGACAGAAGAUUGUACCAUCGGCGGUUACGAUAUUCCGAAACAAACGAGGCUCUUCGUCAAUCUGUGGGCUCUCGGGAGGGACAUCGAACACUGGGAGAACCCGCUCGAGUUCGUACCGGAGCGGUUUCUUAGUGAAGAGUGGAAGCAACAAGGGAAGUUCCAGUUUCUGGAUUUGAGGGGACAACAUUUCAGCCUGUUACCAUUCGGGAAUGGAAGGAGAAGCUGCCCUGGAGCUUCACUGGCACUGCUGCUGGUCCCAACGGUCCUCGGCCGAUUGAUACAAUGCUUCGAUUGGAAGGUCGGAGAUGGAGAAAAUGAAGAUUGUGGUGUUAAUAUGGAGGAAAAAGCUGGAAUAACUCUUCUAAGAGCUCAUCCUUUGGUUUGUCACCCAGUGGCAAGGCUUCCAUUUCCAUCAGUACGAGUAAUGUUCUGAUUCUGCUCCUUGUACUCGUUGCAUAAAUGCUUGUAAUCUAAUA